AUGGCGUUCCUCUUACGCCAUCCACUCGUUCUGGCUCUGUCCAUUCUUGCUGCCACAACAACUUCUGUGCUUGCAAUACCUACCGCCGGAGACCGUCGCACAGUUGAAUCACCUCUCGACUCCAAGGUGUCUCUGUCGUACAAGGAGACCAAGAUCUGUGAAACGACCCAAGGCGUCAAGUCCUACAGCGGCUAUGUCAACCUGCCCGCCGAUCCAGCCGAAGGACGUAAUUACGAUAUCCAUACCUUCUUCUGGUUCUUCGAAGCUCGCCAUGAUCCCUCUAAUGCCCCGCUGUCUCUCUGGCUUCAAGGCGGUCCCGGUGUGCCGUCCAUCACGGCAGCUGUGGGAGAGAACGGACCAUGCCGGAUAACAUCUGACUCCAAGGACACGGUGCUUAACGAGUGGUCUUGGAAUAACGAGGUUAACAUGCUCUAUAUCGACCAGCCAGUGCAAGUCGGUUUCUCAUAUGACAAGCUCACCAACGGGACCAUCGAUGAGGUGUACAGCCCGGUCUUCGUGACGCCCCAAGAAGAGCCGCUGGACUCUCUGGACCUAAACUCGACAUGGCUGGGUGGAACAUUCCCAUCCCAAAGUCCGAACUCUACGGCGAACACCACAACGACUGCCGCUCGUGCCGCUUGGCAUUUCAUGCAGACGUGGAUGCAGGAAUUCCCCAAGUACAAGCCCAACGACAACAAGUUCAGUAUCUGGGCCGAGUCCUACGGCGGCCACUACGGCCCCACCUUCGCCGACUUCUUCGAGAGCCAGAACUCGCUCGUCGCCUCUGGCGAUCUCCACAACCCCGCCGCCGUACCGCUACACCUCGACACCCUCGGCCUCGUCAACAGCUGCGUCGACAUCCUCACCCAAAUGCCCACCUACCCCAUCACGGCGUAUAAUAACACAUAUGACAUCCAAAUCAUCAACGAGACCGUCUACCAAGCCGCCGUCGACAGCUUCCCCACCUGCAGCGAUCUGGUUAAGGCGUGCCGCUCCCUUUCCGCAAGCAACGACCCCUUGAAGACGGGCGCCGACCCGGAGACCAACGAUGCUUGCUCCGACGCUUACGAAUAUUGUUUUCGUGCGAUGUGGCAGCCAUACUCAGACACGGGCCGGAACCCCUUCGACCUCACUUCCAUGGUUCCUAGUCCGUUUCCGCCCAAGUACGCGGCUGGCUAUCUCAAUACCAAGGAGAUCCAGGAGGAGCUGGGCGUGCCGUUGAACUUCACGGGCCAGUCCGUCGUUGUCAAUACGAUGUUCGCCGAUACAGGCGACUUCAUCCUAGGCGAUAACCUGGCCAUCCUGGGGCAACUCCUCGAUCGAGGCGUCAAGAUCGCGCUCAUGUAUGGUGAUCGAGAUUACCAAUGCAAUUGGCUCGGCGGUGAAAGGAUCAGUCUGGCCAUUGAGUCCAGCAUCUCUGCCAACUUCGGCAGUGCUGGAUACGCCAAUAUCCAGACAAACGACUCGUACAUCGGAGGAUUGGUCCGCCAGUACGGCAACCUGUCAUUCUCGCGUGUCUUCAGUGCUGGACACGAGGUCCCCUACUACCAGCCCGAGACCGCAUACAAGAUCUUCAGCCGCGUCAUGUCGGAGAAGGACGUCGCGACGGGUUCCGUUUCGACUAAUUGCGAGGAAACGUAUUCAACGAUUGGGCCCGCGGACAUCUCCGGCAUUAAGAACGAUCUGCCGGAUCCCCACAAGCCAGAGUGUUAUUUCUGGGAUAUCCAGGAGACGUGCACACCAGAGCAGGCGCAGAUCUUCGGCAGUGGAAGAGCCAUCACGGAGAACUUCAUUCUCAUCGGAUAUGUUGCGCAGAAUGGCUCGGCUGUUUACUAUUGAUUCGGAGGUUCGAUGCUAUUGGGUCGUCCCGGACGAGUCUUAGGUUACUUCCAGCUAAGGACUUGACGAGUUGUGGUAUAUCGGUCAUGGUCAAGUAACAUGAAGUUGUACAAUCAUAGGGGUAACAUUCGUUUGGUUUGAAUCGAUUCUAGUAGUUGAGUGACAUAAACGACAAUGCAUCGCAAUGCUUGAGAUCGAAACCAACGUUGCAAAUUGUUACUCGUGGCUCGGAAGUUACACUUG